AUGACAGCCUCAACGUCCACAACGCGACACAGUCGAAAACAUACUGAAAGCUUUGGCGGGCUACCAGUAACCGGCAAGUUAGGCGACUGCAACGCCGUUGACUUGUUUUUAAAAGGCGGCUUCGAGAGCUGGAAACUGUUCGUUUUUGCUGUGUGCGCCAUUGUCGCCGUUUCGGCCGAUGUUUCACAUUUGAAUCUGGGCGGUGGCGACAACGGCUACUCUUAUGAUAGGCCAACGCCAUCUUUCGACAUUGACAUCCGCUCGGGAGGGCAAUCCUACUCGGCACCUGCUCCAGGUCCGGUCUACUCUGCACCUGCUCCAGCUCCGGUCUACUCUGCACCUGCUCCAGCUCCGGUCUACUCUGCACCUGCUCCAGCGCCAGUCUUCUCAAAUCCUGCUCCUGAGUACUUGCCACCUGUGCAUGACAGUCCCGCUCCAGUUUACUCAGCACCAGCACCAGCUCCAGUCUACUCUGCUCCAGCUCCCGAAUAUCACGCUCCAGCUCCCGAAUAUCACGCCCCAGCUCCCGAAUAUCACGCUCCAGCUCCCGAAUAUCACGCCCCAGCUCCCGAAUAUCACGCCCCUGCCAACGAGUAUCUGCCCCCUGUCCAAGAUUUUCAUGCACCAGCUCCUGCUCCAGUCUACUCAGCACCAGCUCCUGCUCCAGUCUAUUCAGCACCAGCUCCAGCACCCGAGUACAGUGCUCCUGCUCCAAUUCAACCUGCUCCUGAGUACCUGCCUCCUGUUCAAGACAUUCCCGCACCCGCUCCAGUCUUUUCGAAUCCUGCUCCUGAGUAUCUGCCACCUGUGCAAAAUAUUCCGGCCCCAGCCCCGGCUCCAGCUUACUCUGCCCCGGCACCAGCUCCAGUCUACUCAGCUCCUGCUCCCGCUCCAGUCUACUCAGCUCCCGCACCCGCUCCAGUCUUUUCGAAUCCGGCUCCUGAGUAUCUGCCACCUGUGCAAAAUAUUCCCGCCCCAGCACCAGUUUACUCUGCACCAGCUCCAGCUCCAGUCUAUUCGGCACCCGGUGGCGAGUCCAAUGGAUACGAAUACAAUGUGCCAGCCAAGCGCUUCCGUUUCUAG